AUGCCAAAGUAUUAUUGUGAUUAUUGUAAGUCUUAUUUGACUCAUGAUACAAUGAGUGUCAGAAAAAGUCACCUUAUAGGUAAGAACCACAUUAAAAAUUAUUGUAAUUAUUAUGAAUUAAAAGCUAAAGAGUUGGGUAUUUGGGAUAAUUCAACUGAUGAUAAACCAAAUAUAACUUUAAAAGAUUUGAAUAAGGAUAAUGACGAUGAUUUUAUGCUACCUCCUCCUAACCAUUUAACUGGGUUGCCAUUGCCUCCUAAAUCUAUAUUUCAUAAUACGAAAGAGUAUCAAAAGGCGAUUUAUAAGAGUACUAAGUGA